GACAGUCUUUCUGCAAUUACCUUCGAUUCUGACGUUGAGACGAAAGCAAAAAGGAAAAGUUACCACAAACCACCACCGACAUCACCAAAGUCACCUUACUGCUCCAAGCCUAGAAAUGUGGCAUCGUGGAGGUCCCUCAGGACCAUGGGGAGCAUGCCUGUGAGCAACAGAAUGUCCCUGACCCCACAGAAGCUGUGGCUCGGAACUUCAAAACAAGGAAGUGUGACCCAAGCCCUGACACCAGAGCUCACCUGGGAGCAGGCCUGGAACAGCGCCCCCAGCAGCACCUCUGAGUAUCUGACAGAAGCCCUGAGGAUUCGGAGGUCCAGCCUCAGGCGCUCCGCCAGCCACGGUCGUGUCCCUGGAACCCCCGCCUACAGAGAUAAAGAAGACAUGUACGACGAGAUCAUCGAGUUGAAGAAGUCAUUACACACGCAGAAAAGUGACGUAGAUCUGCUGAGGACAAAGCUCCGGCGCGUUGAAGAGGAAAACAGCAGGAAGGACCGGCAGAUCGAACAGCUUUUGGAUUCCACUAGAGGCCCAGAUUUCAUGCGGACUUUGGCAGAGAAAAGGCCUGAUGCUAGCUGGGUGGUCAAUGGGCUGAAGCAGAGGAUCCUCAAGUUGGAGCAGCAAUGCAAGGACAAGGACAGCACUAUCAACAAGCUACAGACUGAUAUGAAGACCACGAAUCUGGAGGAGAUGCGCAUCGCCAUGGAGACAUACUAUGAGGAGAUUCACCGUCUGCAGACCCUCCUGGCAACUUCGGAAACUGCAGGAAAGAAGGCCCCUGUGGAGAGGAAGCUGAGCCUCAAGCGGCAGAAGAAGAUGAGCAGCAUUCUCUUAAACCUGUCACGGAGUGUGCAGGAACUGACUGAGGAGAACCAGACACUGAAGGAGGACUUGAACCAGCUACUCAGCAAUCCCCCCUCCAGCUCCAAGAUCCAGGGUACCCCAGGCUACAACGAAUGGAGCAAGCCCAGGCUGCUGCGUCGUAUCACAGAGCUGGAGAAGAAAGUGAGUUUGCUGGAAAGCCUCAAGUCGCACGCGUCUGAGCUGGUGAAGCCGAGCUCUAGACCCCAGUCCUCAUCCACCUCCACCGUGCACCGGCAGCCCCACACAGACUCCCACGAGGAGCCGGAGCGCCUGCGGGGCACUCUGCGGAUUCAGGACGAGCAUGCCAUCAUGCACAGCCAGCUGCAGGAGACAGAUUUGGAAGUGAAGCAGCUGCUGCAGAUGAAAGCUGACUUGGAGAAGGAAUUGGCACACAUGAAGGAGGGAGAGAAGGAGCGGAGAGAGAGGGAAGAGACCCUGAGGUGGCAAGUUCAAACACUGACCAAGAAGCUCCAAGAGCUGGAAGAAGCUCAGAAAACAGAGCAAGAUGCUCCCACAAAGACAAUGCACGAGACCAUGGAAGAACCCCAGCCACCGCUUCCCACCAGCAGCUGCCCCCAGCAGGACCUGGAGCCCCAUCCCAGUGCCUUGUGCUCACGACCACCCUCUGCCCGUUCUGCUGGGAGAGAAGAUGAGCAGCGGGAGGCAGCAGCCAGGGUCCUGCAGGCCCAUUGGAGGGCAUGCAGCCACGAGGCAGCCAUUGUGCUUCAGGCGGCUUUCCGGGGACACCUCGCGAGGGCACAGCUCCUGGCCAGCAGAGCCUCUGGUUCCCUGUCUCCCAGCAUACCAAGCUCCCCUUGGAAGCAUCCCCCAACACCCCACAGCCAGAGCCCUGCUGCCUCCGACAGCCCAGAGCUGGAGAAGGCAGUCAUGCUGGUCCAGGCUGUCUUCCGGGCGCACCUAGCACGGACCAGGCCAGGUGCCCCCGCCUGGAGAGCAGCCAUGGAAGCUUCUGAUAAAAGGACAUCUGCCUCCUCAUCAAGCAAGGACACAUCCUCCCCGGCCUCCCUCACAGCUUCUCCUGUUCAGGAUGACAGCGAGGCCAGCAGCGGGGACACCGGGGAAGAGUCUGCGCCCGAGGAGGAGCCCACAGUGGUGGAACCCAUGCUCUCAGGGCCCCCCGUGGUUGAAGUGCACUCGGACGACGACUCAGACGAUGUCAUCAUUUCACCAUCCCUCCCUGGGAAGAAGAGCACCCCGUCCUAG